AUGGACACGACCUUCGGCAGGCUGGAGCUGGUGCUGCACGAGCGGCCUCCGCGGGCCGCCCGGCGAAAAGCGGAACACAGCCGAGAGCGGGCGCCGCCGGGCGCGGUGGUGGUGGAGGGGUGCUCGCUGUCGAUCGUCGCAGUGUGCUUCUCUCCCUUCAAGGACCUCCUGGCGGUGCGCUCCACCGCCAUGCUCUCGGUGUGGGUGCUCAAGCGGAGCGACGCAACAAACGACGACUUUCAAGCGCGACGCUUGCUAUCUCUUCCGCUGCCUGUCCCCUCGAGCUUCAAGGACUAUCGAAUGAAGUGGGACGGGAGUGCGGAGGGGCUGUUGUACCUGCCCUCGACGGAACAGAUCUCGAUCGUGCAGGUCUACGAGGACGACGAGUGCGUCGCCAUCGCGGCGGACAACAACAACAACAACAAUGAGAGACGCAAGGCGACGGCGAGAGUCAGGCGAGAGAACAUCAACAGCUGCUGCAACGCCCUGAAGCGGGAGCAAGAUGCUCGGCCCCUUUCGGCCGAGUCCGAGUCGCAGGUGGGAGACACAAGGCCUGAUGAAGUUAGAAAGAACGAAAGCGAAGGCGCAGGUUACAGAGCGGAGGAACGAAAGCGAAAGCGAAAACGACGCAGGUCGCAGCCGAGAGGCGAAGAAGGGUCCGCGGCGGGCAACAAGGGCAGGCGCGUGGUCAGGGUUCGGGGCAAGCGACGACGCCUCUGCGAUGACGAAGACCACAACACCAGCAGCAAAUGCGUGCAACAGCCGUUAACGGUCCGCGUCAAGGUCGAACCGAACGAUGACGAGCAAGAGCAAGCACCCAAGGAGGAGAAGCUGUGGGUGCCCAUCAACAGCUUCGGCUUCUUCGAGUCGGAGGAGUCUGAGUUCGACAGCCUGCCCGGCUCGCAACUGCUGGACGCGCUCGACGACACCAGCGGCCACGAAAGAGCGAAGAACGAUGAAAGAGCGAAUAACGACACCGCGCCAUCUAUACCGCCGGUCAAACUGGAGCCGGUGAAGCCGGAAGCAACGAGCGAUGUGGUCGCCGGCGGCAGCCACAGCACAAGCAAGAAGACGCCGGCGGCGCCGGCAGGCCGCCUGGUGGUGUGCCGCGGCGGUACCCCGGCAUGUCAGCUGUUCUUCGAGUGCGCGUGCGGCAAGCACCUACUGUGCUCGUCGUGCAAGCCCGACAACCGGUCGUGUGCCGACGAGGAGACGACGAGCAGCCAGAGCCCAGCGAAGACCAGCGCGACCACCGCAGUCACCACCAGGGCCGCAGAGCCCCAGAGGGAAAGAGGGGCCGCGAGCCAGGCGGAAGAGGGCGCGAGCCAGGCGACGCUCGACAACCUCCUCUUUCUGGCCAACGGCCGCAUCGGCGGCGGCGGGAGGGGCGAUCGAGCCGUGGGCGAUGAAAGCGAGGAGGAGAGCGAGAGCGUGUGGCACGAUGCCGGCGGAAGCCCCACGCAAGACAGCGAUGUCGGCGCGGAGGAGGACAACGACGCUGCGUUUUCGCAGGACCCGGAGGAGAUGAAAAAGCGCUACGCCAAGUUCCUGGAGAGCCUCCUCGCCAUGCAGGAGCAGCAGGAUAUUCUCGACCACGGAGGGAGAGAUGUCGUGGUCGACAACCACGAGGCCGCCGAUCCUGACUCGGGCAACGUCAGCCGAGAGCCGGCCUGGCUCAAGAAGCGACGACAGCGAGAGGAGCUGCAAAAGGUCCUAUUGGCCGACAAGGAAUGCAACAAGGUUCAAAGCCACGCGUGCUGCACCGCGCUGCGGCCUGCAAUCAACUGA